AUGGCCGACCAGGAGGGGAGGCUUCAACUGUUCAGCCAGUGCAAAGUCUGUAUCAUAUGCUCCAAAGAUCUCAGUGCUGAUACGGCGCAUCAGCUUGCAUCCAUGUUGGAAGAAAAUGGCGCUGACACUGUAAUAUACGAACCGCCAGCCACCUUCCCACCCCUCACCGAAUUCACCCACCUGAUGUCAUGCACCAUCGACUUUCCGACAUUUGAAGCAGCAAGCGAGGCUCUGAUACCAGUUGUCAAACCUUACUGGCUGCAAGCGUGCUUACAGAAGAGGAAGCUAGCCAAUCCGCGACAAUACAGCCCCGAUCCGAGACUGUUCCUGAACGACGUGGUUAUCACUUGUGGCGAUAUUCCAGGAGGCGAUAAGGAGGCAAUAAUUGGAGGUGUUUUGGCGAAAGGCGGGAUCUAUAGCGCCAAGAUCUCUCAGCAGGUUACACAUCUUGUUGAUUUGACCGCGGACUCUGAUAAGGCUCGCCUGAUCGCCGGCAAGAAGUUAAAUAUUAAGAUAGUGCUUCCACACUGGUUUGAUGACUGUCUGAAACUUGGAAGACGGAUUGACGAGCGCCCUUAUACUCUCCCAGACCCGGAAAUCCUACGUGCAGCGCCGGAUGCGCCGAUACGUUCUUCAGAAAAUCGAGAUAUCAUCGGCGCAUCAACAACAGAUCCCGCUGCCCUUCCAUCGUCCGUCAAAUCGUCCGACACACAACCGAAGCUUACCGUGUUCCAAGAUAAAAGUGUAAUGCUAUGCGCGGAUCUCGGAAUUGGGGCACGUUUAUCCGGAUCAAUCGAGGAAAUCAUCAACAAUGGUGGCGGCUCAGUUACAUCUGAUGUUUCAAAGGCGGAUAUUUUGAUCUGUCGCUACAGAGAUGGGUUUCCAUACCGCAUAGCGUCGAGGUUGAACAAGGAUGUAGGAAACAUAUCGUGGCUCUACCACCUCAUGACCUACAACACCUGGACAUCGCCUCUACGACGAUUGCUCCACUACCCUGUUUCGCGUUCGGAGAUUCCGGGGUUCAAGGGCCUCAAGAUCAGUUUGUCCAAUUAUGUUGGAGAAGCUAGAGCCUACCUGGAGAACUUGAUCACAGCGACUGGCGCAGAGUGCACAAAGACUCUCAAGCAAGAAAAUACCCACCUAGUGACUGCCCAUGGGAAUAGUGAAAAAUGUACCGCGGCAAAGGAGUGGGGGUUGCACGUAGUCAACCACCUAUGGUUGGAGGAGAGCUACGCAAAGUGGAAGCUGCAGUCCGUUUCCGACCCUCGCUACACGCACUUUCCCAAGAGAACGAACCUGGGUGAAGUCGUUGGCCACACGAGGCUGGAUAAAUCGGUACUUGAGAGCAUGUUCUUCCCAUCAGAGAGCACAGCCCAGACCCCUGCAAGCCCGCGACGAGCUAUGCAGACCAAGGAACAGAAUACUGUGACUGCAAAGGCAUCGACUUCUAUGCAACCACCAUCAACCAAAGUGACUGAAUCCGAAAGUGAAAUCCCCCACCCGCAGGGUGCAACACCUCGAGCAAUCGGCAAAUCGCGAAAGUCAAUUGAUGGCCAGAAAUUGCAGACCCCUGUGCGUUCACGACUUACAUCUGAAGGAAAGGAAAAUGACACCCCUUCCUCGACGAGCAGUCGCAAAUCCAAGGAUGCCGCGACCGCUCGACUGCAUGAAAUCGCACCGGAUAUCGCGCUGUAUGAGAAAGAAAUGAAGCGAGUUGGUGGUGUGAUCUAUGGCGGUCGACGCAAAUCCGAUGAAGACCGAAUCAUGCUCAGUAAUAGCAAGAAGCGACGAUCAAUAGAAGCAGAGGAAGAAAGUGAAGAGGACACGACAGAAGCAAAGAGGCAGAAGAAAUCAAAACCGGCUGUUACGAUACACCUUUUGAUCACAGGCUACCAGAAAUGGGUGAAGAACCAGAAGAAGGAGGACUCGGAUAAGCGACAACUUCGCGAUCUCGGGAUUUUAGUAGUCCAAGAUGCCCGAAGAUGCUCCCAUCUUGCUGCUCCGUCCAUCCUGCGGACUCCCAAAUUCGUCAAUGCUAUAGCAUACGGCCCAGCAAUUGUGAGCGUCGAUUUCAUCACGCAGUGCCUUAAAAAGGAUGAACUCUUGGAUCCUGCCGACUUCCCUUUGAAAGACGAGGCCUCAGAAAAGAAAUAUGGCUUCUCACUAGAAGAAGCAAAGAUGAAUGCCAAACAGAACAAGAACAAGCUCCUUCGAGGAUACCAGAUCUAUUGCGUGGAGACUAUUCGCGGAGGUUUCGAUGCGUUCAAGUCCAUCGUGGAUGCCAAUGGAGGAGAAUGCUCACUAUUCCGAGGUCGCGUUUCAUACCGAUCGCAGAGGGAAGAGAGUGACGAGAGCUCGGGAGAUGACGACCACAGCCGAAAAGAGGUGUAUCUACUGAGCAGCAAUGUGCCAGAACAAGUCAAGCUAUGGGGGCGAUUCCGCCAAAUGGUCCAGAGUACAGACAAAACGCCACGAAUCGUGCGCGUGGAUUGGCUCCUUGAUAUCGCCAUGUCCCAAACGAUACAUGCGGCAGAGGCAUAUGAGCUGACAGAAGAGAUGGCGGAGAAGUCGGAGUAGUAAUUGGGAUCUAUUUGGUGUCAGGAGUGCUGCGUUGGAACAGUUGCUGCUCAGGAUGGCGGAAGCUUGCAUAGCUAUUUCGGGUCACUUGCCUGGAUCUUGUAUAUCUCUUACUUUCCCUCAUAUGAAGAUAGUUACCAUAUUCACAGCGUUGCCAACGGAUGGUUAUGUUAUGUUUUAAG